AUGGCCCAGCAUCCCCUCCAGCGACUCACGUCGCCUUCGCGCAGCUUCUCGCUGCUCCUGCACCUCUUAGGAGCGGCAUCCUUCAGCUACAACUUCCGCUUCCUGACACUAUGGAAAACUCCGUUCGACGAGGCCUACGGCUGGCAUUUCCAGUUCCUCACCAUCAUCGGCCUGUCGGCCUCGCUCCUGGCCUUCGUCCUGGGCAUCUUGGCAGACUUGACCCUCAACCCGACCUUGUUCAGGGUCAAGAACACCAUCUGCAUCGUUGCCACCCCGCUCGAGGUCCUGAUCUCCAUCCUCUACUGGGGAAUCCACAUGAUUAAUCCCGAGCUCCUCUUCGAAGGCGAAUUUGCAUUGCCGCUCCUUCCUGACCUCGGAUUCCACCUUGCCCCGGCCGUCUUCCUCAGUUUGGACCUCAUUUUGCUCAGCCCUCCCUGGACGAUACCCACGUACGGCGUCAUGUCCCUCAGCACCGCCUUGGCAUUCUCUUAUUGGUACUGGGUUGAGCUGUGCUUCAGCUACAACGGAUGGUACCCCUAUCCUCUUUUUGGGCUCUUGAACACGUAUCAGCGCAUAUUCUUGUUCACAUUCUCUGCCUUGCUGACCACCGGCUCGUCCGUUGGACUGAAAUGGGUGUACGCGCGCGUGAAUGGUUAUGAUAAAGCGCGACAUGAAGCUCAUAAACCUCUGAAGAAAGUUAAUUAA